UAGUUGAGUCCACACAGUUUUUCGCGGGAGUUUAGCUGCGUCCGUUCUGGUCGGUAAAUGUUGGGCGGCGUGUUGGAGAAGCCCUUCGGAGAGAGCUGAGAGGGUGUUUCAGUAGGGAAGAAGUACUUUGUACCGAUCUAGGAUGAGCCGAGCAGAAGGCCGAGGGAUGAGCCCGUGUAACUGGACGAGGAAGAGGCAGGACUAUCUGGAUUGGCCUGAAUAUUUCAUGAGUGUUGCCUUCCUGUCCGCUCAGAGGAGCAAGGAUCCAAACUCGCAGGUGGGUGCCUGUAUAGUGAAUCCGGAGAACAAGAUUGUGGGUAUCGGCUACAACGGGAUGCCCAAUGGCUGUGACGACGACCUUUUGCCCUGGUCUCGGUCUGCUGAGGACAGGCUGGACACAAAAUACCCGUAUGUGUGCCACGCAGAGCUCAACGCCAUCAUGAAUAAGAACUCUGCAGAUGUGAAGGGCUGCUCCAUGUAUGUGGCUCUGUUUCCCUGCAACGAGUGUGCCAAGCUCAUCAUCCAGGCAGGUAUUCUGGAUGUAAUUUACUUGUCAGACAAGUACCACGACACUCCUGAGAUGAAGGCCUCCAGAAGACUGCUGGACAUGGCGGGAGUCACUUACAGGCAGUUUAAGCCAAAACGUGACCGGAUCAUCAUUGACUUUAACACCAUCAGUCACUCGGGAGUGAACGGCACAGAGAAGGUGCACUCACCAUGAAUAUCAAACACUUCUCAAAUACUCACCAGUACCCAAUAUACACAACAGCCCUUAAAUACCAAAUGAUUUUUGUAAUGAACCAUUUCCAUAACACUGGAUUGCUGAAAUAAUCCAGAAAUGCAAACAAUUUUUUCUUAAUGUGCAAUUGCAUACUAACAGCACUUUCUGCACUCUGAAAUGCUAAAUAUUAAUGUACUAAACAAUACUGAAAUACUGAUUAAACUAAACUGCUGAAUGUUAAUAAAUGAGAAGCUGCACUUGAAAGAA